GGAGGAUGGGACCGCCAGCCCCGGCCGGCUACUUUGUUCCUGCCCCGCCACGCCGAGGGGGAAGAAGGCAGAGCGCUCGUGGCGCCGCUGGUCCCUGCCCCGCCGCCCGUCCUCGGCAUCGACCAUGAUCGCCUCCCAUUUGCUGGCUUACUUCUUCACCGAGCUGAGCCAUGACCAAGUACAGCGGGUUGACAAAUACCUCUACCAUAUGCGGCUUUCAGAUGAAACUCUCCAGGAUGUCUCAACACGGUUCCGCAAAGAGAUGGAGAAGGGUCUCGGGGUUGACACCAACCCAACAGCCUCUGUGAAAAUGUUGCCAACAUUUGUGAGGUCUACCCCUGAUGGAACAGAAGAAGGCGAUUUCUUGGCUUUGGACCUUGGUGGCACAAAUUUCCGGGUGUUAAGAGUCAAGGUUUCUGAUAAUGGCAGCAAGAAGGUGGAAAUGGAGAACCAAAUAUAUGCUAUUCCAGAGGACCUCAUGCGAGGCAGUGGAGCACAGCUCUUUGACCACAUUGCAGAAUGCCUGGCCAGUUUCAUGGAUCAGCUGCAGAUGAAGGACCAGAAGCUGCCUCUGGGCUUCACCUUCUCCUUCCCUUGCUACCAGACCAAACUGGAUGAGAGCAUCCUUGUGACAUGGACCAAAGGAUUCAAGUCCAGUGGUGUGGAAGGGAGGGAUGUGGUUUCCUUGUUACGGAAAGCCAUCAGAAAACGAGGGGACUUUGACAUAGAUAUCGUCGCUGUGGUGAAUGACACUGUUGGGACAAUGAUGACCUGUGGCUAUGAUGAUCACAACUGUGAAGUUGGACUUAUUGUUGGCACUGGAUCCAAUGCCUGCUACAUGGAGGAGAUGCGCCAUAUUGACUUGGUGGAGGGAGAUGAAGGGCGCAUGUGCAUCAAUAUGGAAUGGGGAGCCUUUGGGGAUGAUGGGAUCCUCAACGACAUCAGGACUCAGUUUGACCGGGAUAUUGACAUGGGCUCACUGAAUCCGGGCAAGCAACUGUUUGAGAAGAUGAUUAGCGGUAUGUACAUGGGUGAGCUGGUCAGGCUUAUCCUGGUGAAGAUGGCCAAGGAACAUCUCCUCUUUGGUGGGAUGCUCUCAUCAGACUUGUUGACAACAGGACACUUGGAGACCCGAUAUGUCUCUGCUAUUGAGAAGGAAAAAGACGGCCUACUAAAAGCCCACGAAAUCUUGACAAAGCUGGGCCUGGACCCAUCCCAUGAAGACUGUGUUGCCACCCAGCGCAUCUGUGAAAUUGUCUCCACUCGCUCAGCAAACCUCUGUGGUGCUGCCCUGGCUGCUGUGCUUCGGCGCAUCAAAGAGAACAAGGGAGUUGACAGGCUGCGUUCCACUGUUGCAGUGGAUGGAACUGUGUAUAAGAAACACCCACAUUUUGCCCGCCGACUUCACAAGGCUGUGCGACGUCUUUUGCCCGACUGCGACAUCCGGUUUGUCCGCUCAGAGGAUGGGAGUGGCAAAGGAGCUGCCAUGGUCACUGCUGUGGCCUACCGGCUGGCAGCCCAACACAAGGCCCGGCAGGAGAUCUUGGAGCCCCUGCGGCUCAGCCACGAGCAGCUAUUGGAGGUGAAGGAGAGGAUGAAACAGGAGAUGGAGCGGGGCCUGGCCAAAGAGACCCAUGAUGAGGCCACCCUGAAGAUGCUGCCCACUUACGUGUGUGCUACCCCAGACGGAACAGAAAAAGGAGACUUCCUGGCCUUGGAUCUUGGAGGCACAAACUUCCGUGUGUUGCUUGUGCGGAUUCGAAAUGGGAUGAGGCGCAGUGUGGAGAUGCACCACAAGAUCUACUCUAUCCCCCUGGAUAUCAUGCAAGGAACGGGCGAGGAGCUCUUUGAUCACAUUGUCCACUGCAUCUCAGACUUCUUGGAGUACAUGGGGAUGAAGGGGGUGUCACUGCCUCUUGGAUUCACCUUUUCUUUCCCUUGUUAUCAGAACAGUCUGGAUGAGGGGAUACUUGUGACCUGGACUAAAGGUUUCAAAGCUAGUGGUUGUGAAGGAGAAGAUGUGGUGGGAUUGCUGAAAGACGCAAUUCAUAGGAGAGAGGAAUUUGACCUGGAUGUGGUAGCUGUUGUGAAUGACACUGUAGGGACCAUGAUGACCUGUGGCUAUGAAGACCCAUUUUGUGAAGUUGGACUCAUAGUUGGAACGGGCAGCAAUGCCUGCUACAUGGAGGAGAUGAAGAAUGUGGAGGUGGUGGAAGGAGAUGAGGGCAGGAUGUGCAUCAACAUGGAGUGGGGUGCCUUUGGUGACAAUGGCUGCCUGGAUGACGUCCGGACUGAGUUUGAUGUUCUGGUGGAUGAACAUUCCCUCAACCCUGGGAAACAAAGGUUUGAGAAGAUGAUCAGCGGGAUGUAUCUGGGCGAGAUUGUUCGGAACAUCCUGAUCCAUUUCACCAAACGAGGGCUGCUCUUCCGUGGGCAGAUUUCCGAGCGGCUAAAGACGAGGGGCAUCUUUGAGACCAAGUUCCUGUCACAGAUUGAAAGUGAUCGCCUAGCCCUGCUCCAGGUCCGUUCCAUCCUCCAGCACCUUGGCCUAGAAAGCACAUGUGACGACAGCAUUAUCGUGAAGGAAGUGUGCACAGUGAUUGCCCGGCGCGCUGCCCAACUUUGUGGGGCAGGGAUGGCAGCCGUGGUGGACAAAAUCCGAGAGAACCGUGGGCUGGACUUCCUUAAAGUCACAGUUGGCGUGGAUGGGACCCUCUACAAACUUCAUCCACACUUCUCAUCAGUAAUGCAUGAGACGGUGAAGCAGCUCUCUCCAAAGUGCGAGGUAACCUUCCUCCAGUCAGAAGACGGCAGUGGCAAGGGUGCGGCACUCAUCACCGCUGUGGCAUGCCGAAUCCGGGAGGCCGGUCAGCACUAACCAUCUGGGGGCCAGAGAGCCGGGUUCCAACAUGGCGGAUGCCCUUCGUUCACCCCUGGCUCCCCUCACCACCAGAGGCGACUCCUUGCUUGGCUUCUGCUCUGCAGACACCACCCCUCAGGCUCCAGGCUCUUGUGUCUCUUGUUUAAAAGUAUUCCUUGAGCUCUUCUGCAUGCCGUAUGAGCACAUAUCAAGUAGAGCAUAAAUGGUGUUUGGGCAUCUCCCUCCAAUCCCAAACCAACCUCUCUUAUGCAGAGUUUGCAUUGGAUGUCACCCGUCACCAUCCCUAUCCGGGUCUUCCAUAGAAGUGGCAGGCAGUGAAGCAACGAUAUUGCCACUUUGCAUCGACUGGUACUGAUCUUAUAUCCAAGUUUUGACUUUGGCACAGUGGAAAAUGUGAAUUAACAACAACAACAACAAAAAGUAAAAAGGAAGCCAAAGCUUCCCAAGACUGUGUUGAAGGAUCAAACGGCUGUUGUUUCUGUGAAAGUCAUGGUACCUUUUUUUUAAAAAAGGUGACAGGUUGUAAUUGAUUUUAUGGUAAAAAUGUUUAUUGGAGGAUACAAGUAUCUGUACAGGGAGAGUGUCAUAUGCUGCUGUUUGAAAGUAUCUGUCCAAUUGUGUUAAAGGGGGCAUUUUUAAUCCAAAUGGUAGAGCACGUGCCUGGAAAUAUUUGAGGACCCUCUUCCAGCUUGUCCUUUCCUUUUUAGAUUUAAACCUAACCCACAGGUGCCAUACAGGUGCCUGUAGGUGCCCGUUUGGAACCUGCUGCUGCUUCUGUACAUAGAACCCUCCUCCACCACUAAGCAGAGGUCCUUUCCCUUUCCACAAGAUCCGCAUCUUUAAUAUGGAGUGAGGGUUAGCUUUUUUCUGUCUGUGAAAUAGCAUUCUCAUCUUACCUCACACGUGGCAUGACACUCUAGAACCAGUUUCUCAAAAACUGUGGUUUUUCCCCUCUCACCCACGUGUAUAGUUUCAGAGAGAGAAAAGCAGGGAUUCUGUGUGUGAUGUUGUCAGGUUUUUGUGCGUGUGUGAGGGAAGAGAGCCGAAUACGUUGCAGAAUAAAUGUUUAUAAGGGGUGGAACUAGAGACUGGAAUUAGGUGUAACGUUUUUGAGGAUAAAUAUUCGUCAGUAAUUUUUGGGACCCCUUUAAGGAAACUGGAAACGCUUUUUGGUCUAAAUAACGCCACCAAAUGGUUGUUUCUGCUGCUUGAAGUUGCUGUUUCCCACUGUGCAGUCAUCUAAAUGUGCACUGCAACCUUUGUUCCAGUGCACAAGCAUAACGAAUGGUGAUUGUGCCACACUGGGAUCCUGGGAUAAGUCUUCUAAUCACCCAUGGAAGUUGUGUUAUCAUAAUUGGGAUGGGAUAAGGCCCUAAUAUGUAUUACAUUUAUGCAUUUUGGGAGGAUAUCCUUCUGAGCCUUGUUCCCACCCCAAAGGGAUAACUAUUUGUGCUUACAUGUCUCUCCCCCCCCCCCGCCCCAUCUUUCACUAUUGACCAUAUUUAUUUUCUGUUCAACAUGAAUGUUGAUUUCUGGUUUCCACAGGAAUAAGGUGUUCUUUUUGCAGCCUCAAAUCUUACAAAAUUUUAGAAAUGAACACAAUCUCUAAGUCUGAGACCCACUAAAGACCUCAGUGACAGAAUUUAGCUUGUAAUUGUGGGAUGGAAGUCCUUCAGUGACAAAAAAAGAAAGGCUGUGUGUUUGUAUUAUGUGUGUUCCAAACUUCAUUUUGAAUCGUUUUGAAAUCUUUCUUAAAGGUAUGUUCAAAGAUCAUUGCUAAGCCAUUCUGUGUGGCUUCCGAUUUCUCAUCAAUUAGUUCAGUUGUUACGGGAAAGAGGAAGUGGAUCAUGGCCUUUGUGCAGCCGUGAGAAAAAGGUUCUCAACCAGGAAACCUCUAAUUAAAUAGAAAAUAUUUUUGGUAUCUGUUUGAGCACAAGGUUGUGUAUGCCCUGUCAAGGUACCUGAGCAAUCCUUGGCUGAGCUGUCAGUUUGAACAGAGAAUUCUUUCCUCUAUUUUUUUAUGGGUAUGUAUAUAUUUAUAUGGCUUGGAAUAACUAAAGUACCAAAAGAAUCUUUCCAGUCUGUUGGCGGUACAGAUUCAGAUUUAAAGCAUUUUUUUUCUUCUCUCUCUCUCAUUUUUUAAUUUUAAAUGUUUGCAUAUUUUAUAAAAAGCUUCAGAGUUGCAAUAAAGAUGAAAAAUUAUGCAUUUCAAAACAGUGAAAUGGGAAUCUGAUGUAGGACAAACAUCAAGAUUAUUUUUUUUAUAAAGAAGAAAUUGACUAAUCCCAUACUAAACAGUUUUGUGUAACAAUUUACUGAAAAUAGCUUGUAUCUGCGGAACUGAGAGAAGCACAAAUGUCUGAUCUAUUGUAUUCUGGAGAGAGCAAAGAUAAGUAUUUUUUUAAACUUGAAUAUCAAGGGGCUGCCAGACUGUACCUCGUCCUGAAAUGCAUUGUAUUUCACCAACAGUGAACGCUAGUGAAUAGCAAAUUUUAUUUUUAUAGUGACUGUUUAUUAAAGGGAAAAAAGAGAAUAAUAAAGUAAGUUUUG